AACAUCAAAGUCCCAUUUUCAAAAGUGACAGUAAAAAUACACAAAAUUAAAUGAAAAAUGGUAUAAAAUAAGAAUAAUCAAUUGGCACUGAGUCAAAGAUGGGGUCUCGGAGCGGCACUGAUCAAAACUGUUGUGGUCAAAAGUUGCACAAGUCUCAAAAAAAAGAUAAUCUAAAAUGCUGCUUCUUAAUUACCGUGAGCUCUAAGGGUCAAAUCGAUAUCAGUCCUCAGAAGUAUCCCGACUCGGAAAAGACAUCUAUAGAGGUCAAAACGCUCCAGGAAAGAAUACGUGGGGGAAAUUUAUUUAAAGAAGUUCCAAAAAAGUCAAGGCUUCAAAGUAGGAAACAUAAUCUCAGCUUUGCUUUGUUAAAGAGCGAACAAAAACGGCUGAAUUCUCUUACAAAUCGUAAAACAGAAAGGGGAAAAAUGGAUACACUUCAAGGGCCAUUCGCUGGUAUGAGGAAGUCUGAUAUCCUUCGUGAGCUUGUAAAAAUUUGCCGCAAUGACCUCUUCAAUAGUCCAUCAAUAAUGGUACAUAAGGAUGCUUCUGCCGAUAAUCAGGAGCAACAAAAUCUGGGUUCAGCGAGACCACCUCAUCUUCAAAUUCCCUUGGACAAGAAGGAACCUCACAUAGAAAAGGUUUUUCUAUCAAAAGAGACUUUACCGGAAAAGGGCAGCAGCAAUAUGGUUAAGAACGUUCCUAGCUUGCGAAAACUUUCGGAUAAGACCGCCGCUCAAGUUCGUCGCAGACUUCAGAAAAUGUCAUCAAUGGUCUACAAUCCACGAUACGAAGGUGGCUAUAAUACUGAAACUGCCCCAGCUCAAUAUCACCAACAUCAGCAGCAACAGCAUUCAAUCAAUGGUAACAACCAGCCCCAUGUAACCAUCAGCUUCAUACCCGUGAACCAAAGAGAAGCCCCUGCAUCGGCGACACCUGUAAUGUGUCCUUGCCAGCAAUUUCUGGGUGCUCCGCCUAACAACCUCCCCAGUUCUUGCAGCUGCACCUGCAGCAAUUGCUGUCCGUCGAGGCCACCGCCAUACCGACCGAUGCCCCCAGCGGACAGCAAGUGUAACGAGUGUGGCUUCUUAGGGCCGCCACAGGAUGCGAGUUGUCCCUGCAGCAGCUGUUCCGUGCUGAGACCGGCUCUGUUCUAUAGCUCCUCCUGCAAUAGUUGUCCCUUCUACUCUGCCCCGAGCCCGCAAUCCACCCAGUCUCUCGGCUUUAUGUCAUCCGGCAAUCAAUUUGGCCAACAAAUGUAUCCACCCAUUGUGACGCCUUCCCCGUACCCUGGAUUUACACAACCCCAGCAGCAAAGUCUUCCAGUUGGUGGAUAUUACCCAGGAAUGAACUACUGUCUGCACCCAUCCAUGCAGCCCAAUUAUAAUCAGUGUACACACUGCAGGAUGCAUUUGCACCACCAUCCCUAUUGCCAUUGUGGAUCCUGCUAUAACGGCCAAAAGCAAUAUCAGCAGCAAACGCCAAUCCCUCUGCCGCCAAAAAAGCCCAGGCUGCUAAAAACGCAAGAUGAGGCUGAUGUGGCCUUUGGGAUAAAAAGUAUAUUCACCAAAAAACCUCAAGAUUCCGAGCUAAAUCAAUCUAGAGAAAUCACCAGCAAGAAGCUGUCUAAGGAAAUGGAUCGUGAAAGUGGAGGUGGUACCAAUAGUAAGAGUGAUCCCAAUUCCCUCUACACUGCUAGAUUCGGACGCGCUUGCCUGAUACUGAGACCCACAGCCACUGCCAUGAUGCCCCGUCUGCUGACCAAACGAAUCAGUCGCUACACCUCCGUGAUGGCCUGGCCAACAUCAACACCGAAAUUAAAAUAAACUGAAAACU